CUGAGAUACAUCAAAGAUAAUGACACAAACCAACAAACACUGUAGAUAGUUCAAAUCUACGUUAAUGUGAAACAUGGGAGUAAUGGGGGUUAGGGAUAAUAUGAAAGUGUUAGUAGUGAAAGUGCAAAAAGAAAAGACCUGCACCUGAACUAUGGUGGGAAAGGCAUGAUCGAAGUAAUACCAUAACCUGUCAUUUACCGGGACGACUGUCAUUAACGCUACGAAAUGGCUCAGUGCAAGUUGACACCCCAUGAAUUCAUCCAGAAUGCUUUUUCGCCACUUAUAGCCGCUAUGUGUAGCCCCUUGGUCGAUCAGGCAUGCCAGAAAAACAACUUAUCUUUUACAGAAAUGAUUCAGCCGUUUUGCAAAUUGAAUACAGAAGCCCAUUUCCGAGAACCAUCAGGUGGUGUUAUACCAGUGAGAAACUUAAGAUUUACAGUGUUGGAUGUUAACGCUCGGCCACCUCAGCCAACGCUGGCAAGGAAGUUUCUUAAUGAAUCUGUAAGCUUUGCAUCUAGUGAGCGAAACUACCCCAUCAAUAUAGGUGACCAGACUGUAGAAAUUCCAGCAUCUGCUCCGUGGUUUGAAGCAUGGAGAGAAACCUUUCUUCAGGUUCAGUUUCCCUCUGACCAUGAAUUCACAAAACAUUUCUUGGGCUGUAUAUUGGUUGUCUCUUCUGCUGAAACUAACCCUCUGGACAUGUUGGUGCACAUGGGACAGCAACUCCAACAGCUGCAGAAUGUUACUCCCGCAAAGCUGCCCAAGUGGUUUUGUCCUGAUGUUCUUCGAUAUUAUGUGCUGCUGCAUGAUGUAUCAGGCUCUACCAGUGAAAGGGCGGAAGCCGUAUUUGAGACAAUGAAAACUACGUAUGGAAUAAAUUCUUGCUAUAUGUUGCAGAUAAAUUCUAGAGUUGCAGGACAUAAGGAGGACCUGAGUCACCUUCCAGACCCUUGGUGCCAGUUUCUCACCCGUCAACAUGAUAGUCAGGAUGCCAGUGAUCACGAUAGUAGUCCACGGACUCCUGCAGAGGUUGGCGGGGUGACGGGUAUGCCGAGCUGUGUGAGUGCCGACGUUAGCUGUGACAGUGCCUCUCCAACUGAGGUAAUAAAGUCCGGCAGUGCUCUCGAAGUGGCCCAGGAAGCGGGCGAGAACUCACCUGUCCCGGUCACCCACCACCCCCUCAGCCCUGAUGCCGAUGUCCGAGAUUGUUUAGUAGUUAACUCAGACGAGAAACAGCACAAUGAAGUUCUCUCUGCUCCAUGCCACAUUAAUGACAAUGUUUGGGCUGGCCAUUCUGCAGCUGGUGCCAACAACAUUGUUAUUCAGCAUGGCAGCUGCUUGAGUGCAAGCGAUUUGGAGCGGCUAAGAUUAUUUGCUCAAGAUUUCUGCCUUAAAUCUCUUCUCCCCUUUGUUGAAAAGCAAAUUCAGCUAUUGAGUGAUAUUAUUUCCAAUAAGAAAGGAGUCAGUAGGUCUCUUUUUAGUGCAACAAAACGUUGGUUCGGAAGCAACAAACCAGGGACACCAGGUGCAAAUAAUCCAGUAAACGCAGUCAUCUAUAGUACUGACUCACCAGAACUGCAGCUGAGAAGACUCGGUGAUUUGUGCUUCAUGUUUGGUCACUACACAUUGGCUUUCCAAGCAUACCAUUCUGCUAAGCGGGAUUUCUCUGCUGACCAAGCGUGGCUUUACUAUGCAGGAGCACUGGAAAUGGCAGCACUCUCUGCCUUUAUGCAAGGGGAGCCAACGAGGAAGGCACAGGAGUACAUGGAGGAGAGCAUAUCGACUUACCUCAACUCGUGCAAAAUGCCUCAGUUUGCGACUCGAGCAACACUACUCAGUACUGAGUGUCUCAAGGGUCGAAGUUUGUAUGGAGAAGCUGCAAAGCAGUUCAUCAGAAUGACAAGUGAAGAUUCUGACUUGCGCAGUGCUUUGCUAUUGGAGCAAGCGUCCUACUGUUUCUUAAAGUCAACUCGACCUCGCAUGGCAAGAAAAUAUGCAUUCCAUAUUGUAUUAGCUGGACACCGUUUCUCCAAAGCUGGACAGCGAAAACAUUCACUCAGAUGCUACAAGCAGGCAUACCAAAUAUAUGAAAACAGAAACUGGAGUUUGGCUGAAGAUCAUAUCCAUUUCACGAUUGGCAGGCAGGCAGCAUACCUCAAGCAAAUUUCAGAUGCCUCACUGUCAUUCUCCAAGCUUCUCACCCCAGCAAGCAAACAAUCAGCUCCUCAGCAGUCAGCUUUUCUUCGUGAAUAUCUCACUAUUCAGCAACAGUUAAUGGCAGAGGAGCGCAAUGUGUCGGACAAUUUAACUGUUCUUCCUCUACCAGUUGUGGACAAUGACAGCAUCAAAGUUUUACUUGGUUCGUUAACAUCAACACCCUCAAGUGAAGCAGCCAUAGUCUACGCAACUGGUGUUAAAUUUGAAGAUGAUCAGUCUGACAACAGAAGGUGGACAAAAUUAGAAGAGACAUUAGUAAAUGAAGCACAAGGUACUUUGCCGAUGAUCUUCAGACCAACACUCCAACUUUUUUCCAAUGAGACUGUGAAUACCUCCAAACCCAUUGCUAUUGUGAGAGAGCCAAUAUAUGUGAGAAUAAUUCUGAAGAAUCCUUUACACAUUCCACUGCCUCUUUUGAAUGUUCAUUUAUUAUGGAACUUUAAAAAUGGUAAAAGUGAGAUAAGUAAUGAAUCCAGCAAAAGUACAAAGAAUGUUGAAAUUGAAACACAAUGCAUAGAUGCUGUUGUUGUUAAGCCGGACAGUGAUGAAGAGGUGAUACUCAGUGUUAUACCCAAGUGUGUUGGGGAAUUGAACAUUACUGGUGUUGCUUACCAUUUAACAAAUACAGCAAUACAACAAUUACCUGAACAAACAACUAACAAUGCUCCUAGUAUUAUAACUAUACCAGGAAAGCAAGUCUUCCGUGUAAGGUGCCCUCGUGCAAAAAUAACAAAAGACAAAGGAAGUCAAGAAGUAAAUGACAAAAGACUGGAAAUAAAUGUUGUAACAUCGGCACCUUGUCUUCAGGUAUCAUUUCAAAAUAUGAGUUCACAGAUGCUUUGUGGUGAAAUGCAGAAUGUUAGCAUACGUUUCAAGAACAUUGGUAGUGCUCCAUUGAGUAAUUUAUAUCUUGCAUCAUCUGUACCGGAAUUGAUUUCAUGUGCUGGUUAUCCAGUUUGUGAUACUGGACAGGGGACUAUUCCAGAAGUCAUAAAAAUUUCCCUUCCGGGUGGGCAACUUGCACCCGGUCAGAAACACAUGGAAUCCAUGUGGCUUCGUGCACCUGACUAUAGAGGCAUCACCAACUUAGAAAUUAUGUUUUACUAUGAAAAUAAUAACACCAAAUGCAUUCCACGGUAUCGGUUAGUAAGACAUUCAUGGGAGAUAACCGUUUUGGGUUCAGUUCAGUGUACAUCUAUGGCAACAAACAGUUGUGUAGCCUCCACUGAUGAGAGUAGCCAAGUUUUGAAUCUGGCACUACAAGUUAAAAAUGUUAAUCAGGUACACGAUCCUAUAUUGACAGAGGUAUCAGUCUCUCAGGUUUCACUCGUCAGCAAAACGUGGCAGCUAUGUGGAAAAAUAGCUGUUCCUACAGGAGUGAAACUUCAGGCACAAGAGUCAAUCCACUUUGUGUUUAGUGCACGCAGACAGAAACAUAAAAAGGAAAGAGCUGAUCCAUUUUCUGAUCUUCCCAUUGAAGACCAUGUAGAGAAUGUAACUUCUGCUAGGGAGAGCCCGUAUGUGGACUUCUAUAACAGACACAGGGCAAGAGUCAUCUCCAGUUCAGGGGCAGAUGAAACUGCAGAAGUCUCAAGGAAUUCUGUUGCUAGUCAACUAGAGAAUGAUGAUACUACCGGCAUGGAGGAGGCUCUCAAUAUUAAUGCAACCUUAAUUCUCAGGUGGCAGACGGAGAUUAGGAAUGGGAAAGGAACAAAAAGGAUGGCCCUAGGACAGCACCAUUUAAUACUGGAUAAAAUUGCAGUGUUGUCUGUUUCCUCAGCAGAUGAUGCUAAAGUACCAGUACCAUCAGAGAUUGAAGGUCCACUUAGGAUAUUUGGGCCAGAUGACUCAUCUUACAAGAGUGUCACUAGUGAAAAGUACCCCACUCUCGAUGUUCUCCAGAGGCUAGUCAUACAUAACAUUCGGCAUUCGCCUAAGGUGUGCCACGACUUUAGUGUAUCGAGGCUCUGCUUUGUACCCGUUCAGCUUCAGUUGCAGAACUGUUCAGAUACCAGUCUUGUUGUCAGGGUGAAUGCGUCAGACAGUGGAAGUUCAUCAUCAAGUAAAAACAAGCUGUAUUCUCCACAUUCUUCAAGUACGUUCCACUGGGUUGGCUUGGCAGGCUCGUGCUCAGAACUGAGUCCUCACGACAGUACUUCCGUGUCACUGUGUGCAGUUACGACGGGUCCAGGUACCUUCGACCUCGGUUCUUCUCUGGAAGUGUGGUGUCGUGCCCGUGGUGCUCCAGAAGCAGAUAGUGUGGCUCAAGUGUGGCAUGUUGAAUCAGCACUGGUAGUAGACAAUACGCCAGUUGUUCCUGUUUCUGAUACAAAAAUUGUGUAGUUUAUUAACUACAGUGGGAGUUCCUUAUUUUGGAGGUACUCAGGUCAUAAAUGAUGGUAUAGUGCCUAGUUUUCCAUUUGAGAUGUUUUAUGUGAAAGUAUUUAUCUUAAUCAUGCAUGGAAGUGUGUGCGUAUCUCUUACAAAGUGGUCCUUAAGAACUUUUUUAUUGUUUGCUAAUUUAUACAGUAAUGUAUGGAAUCAGAUAUUGAAAAUCAGAAAGAUUAUAUUCCAUUGAGCUGGACCCUGAUCAGCCUGCAUAAUAUUGCAUUCCUCUGUUGCUAAAAAUAAUAAGUGCUAGUAUAUGCAGUACAAAUAAGCAACUGCAGAGGAAUAUGUUAAAACCAUUUCAUUAUUGGUAAAAUAAACAAAUUUAAAGAGAAACAUGAAGAUUUAAUUCUUAAAAAAAAAAAAAAAAAAUAAUCUAUGUGGACUCUGCAUAUUAGUUGGACAUAUACUGCAUUACUUUCUUGUUGAAGUUGCCAUUAUAUUUUUAUUUUUGUAUAUUGUACAUGCUCAUAUCUCAUUGAGAUAUUAUCAAUGUCAUCUUUUGUGAUAUAACUGAAGAAUCGGAAUAUUUUAUUUAUUUUUGAUUAAUUAGGAUCAGGUAUGUAUUUGCACUCCAAUGUUUUAGAUUUGCCAAGUAUGAUCACUAAAAUUCUUGGAAUAAAUCUGCCUCUGUUUGUUAUCCUAACGUUGUUUGUUUGGCAUGUACUUUCAGAAUAUUCCUAUUAGUGUAAUUCAGAUUAAUAUUUAUGUAAGUAAUAUUUUGUGAAAAUGAGGAUUUCAUUGACAGCUCUUUUACAUGUAUUUAAACACACAUUGUAAAACAUAGAAAGGAAUGCAAUUAUAAGAAUUGGCAGGACAUGGUAAGAUUGAAAUAUUGCAGAAAAAUAAAUAUGCAGUGUCUUUAAAAAAAGGGUAGUUAGUUGCAUCAUCUUCUGUGUUGCUACAUUUGUUGUUUUUUCUCUUUGUCAUUUGAUUUUGCCAUUCUUAUUGGUAUAGUUUGUACAUAAACCAUUUUAUUUUCUGCCCUCUGGGCACAAUAUUUUUGGCGUUGCAUAUACUACUGCGGAAAAGAUGUAUGUAUGUAUGUAUGUAUGUAUGUAUGUAUGUCAUAACCAAAAGUUACUAGUGCACAGGAAGGCUCCAGCAUUAAUAACUGUAAAAAUGUAAACUUUGGUUUAUUAACUGCAAGUUACAUUCCCAGAGGUUUCUAAUUUUUUCCCACUUUCUCAGUUGCUUAGAAUACAUCAUGAAUCUGAGUUCAUCCUUACCUUGUCUGCUUUGAUGUUUUCGCUGGAUAUGGUUACUUACUUUAUAAAGCAUAACAUAAAGUAUUAGGCCUUGGGCCUGUUCCGACUGGCUGACUGGCGCGUACAAGGCAAUACGAGGAGCUAUCCGUGAUCGUGGGACGUGAUUGGCGUGUCGCCAAUCCAUCCAGCUGUUAUUGCAAGUAGAUGAAUCUUGAUUGUGCACUGCUUCUUUAUCCAAGCUCCAUAGCUGAAUGAUUAGCAUCACUGCCUUCGGUACGGAUGGACCUGGGUUCCAUUCCCAGUACGACCUCAGAAAAAAAUAUCUGAGGUGGGAGAUCUGGAAUGAGGUCCACUCAGCCUUAUGAAGCCAAAUGAGGAACUUACCUUAUACUACGAACAAACAAAAAUUCCUUUGUCUAAAUUAUAGCCAUUUUGUUCAGCUGAACUAAUAUAAUCAAGCCAAUUAUGUGAAGCCAGGUUUGUAGUUUCACUUCAUGUUUAUGCGUUUAAGAGGGAAGAUUGUAAAAAAUUAUUCAAUAGUUGGUUUUGUUGAUUGCUUUUCUUUAUCUAGGUUUCUGAUGACGUAACAAAGGCACAGUAGUCAGUGAAUGGCCCAUCUAGUCUAUUACAGUUCAGACUCUGCUGUUCAUUCUUUCAAUAACUGCAUUUUAAAGCAUUGUAGUCGACAUAAUGAGUUCGUUAACUGGAAGUUGGGAGAUUCUCAUGAAAUAAAUUGCCACAUUGUACGAAAUGCAAGCCAUUUACAAUGUCAUAUUUUUAUGACAGUGAGAACAACCAAAAGAGGAACAAACUGUGUUAAAAACAGAUAAAAUGGUGAAUUACUUUGAGUCAUAGAAGCCUGCCAACAGAACGAAAAGUCUUGCCUUGAAUCUAUAAUUUUAUGUUACUUACAUAUUUAUUCUCAGUUCUGCUCCCCAAAUACCUCCUUCAUUGUUUGUGUCUCCAGUUUCACACAUUAUUCUCAGAAUAGAUGGCCGAUUCCUGUCUAACUUUGCUUUAGCAGUGUCUCAGGAAUGCAGUUUGUAUCUUGUGUUCUAUAGAUUGACAUCAUCCUGUACUUUGUGUGUUCAUUUCAAUUUAAGUUCUGUUUGCUGCCUUUCUAUUUAUUCCAUUGUCGGCUCAUUUUUCUUGGGGAAACCUUAGUUUGUGAGCUUCCAAUUCUGUAUCAACCAUCACCUUUUCCUGCUGGGUCUUAAACAGUUUGUAAUGCUUGUGUAAAUGCUUUACCUUUUAACAUUGUAUAUAAUGAGUGGUGUUUGGCUGAAAAUGUAGGAUAAAAGAGUGGCGUGGACAAUUCUUGAGUGUACGAUAAAUGAAAUAAUACCUGGUGGCAUGAAGGGACACAAUAUGUUAUUGACAUGCCACCUGGCACAUAUUUUUACAUAACUGAAUAAAGUAAGUUAUUUUUUGCUUUGUUACUGUGCUUCAAAAAUGCAAACUUAGGUGUCAUGAAUAAUAUUAUAUUAUUUUUUGGCAUUAUUCUACAAGAACAAAAGAUAAAAAAAAAAUAUUAUUGUGAAAAACUGGAGAUGGAAUUGAAACAAAUUGAGAGGACAGGUCACCAGUAGUUAGGGCACAGCAGCAUCAAGUUUGAGGAGGGGGAGCAUGUGGUGAGAGGGAGCUUUUUGCCAUACUAUUAAUAAAUGAAGACAGAAGGCAGCUGAAAUGAACCUGUCCUCUGCUUUCUCAGUGCAAUAGCGUAUCAUCUAAAGUAAUUAGGAGGUAAGAAUGUACCUCUGAUUAACUUUGUUAUGUGGAUAUAAGAAUUGAUUGAGCCCUGUCCUUAACAUCUAAAUUCAUAAUUUAUCGGAAGUCUGCAAGAAACACACAUAGGACAAAAUAACAGUCCAAACAAGGAUUAAGUGUAAAUGAAGGUUCGUGUAACAUGUCAGUGCAAUAAAUUUUUCACCCGUUUCUUGUCAUCAAUUCGGUGUGUCUGCAACAUGUCAGAAGGCAUAAACUCUCCUUCCAUGUUCUGGUGAAGUGUAGGUAUUGCACAGUCUCUCUCUUUACAUAGUCUUCUGUGAUGGUGAACAUUUAAUUCCCUGCAACAGCCACUCUAUAACCAAUUUAACCUCCAACCAGGCCUGUGAUUAUAUGGCCAGCAGUUCACACUCACUUCUCACAUCUGCGCCACAAAAUGCAGCAUUUUGUUGCUCCAUCUUAUUACUUUCUCUGCUGGUUGUGAAGCUCCUCUGAGAGCAAAACCUGUAGAACAAUUCACAAGAUUUAGUGUCACACUCAUUUUGGUGGUCUCUGUAGUAAUACUGUCCCAAAAAACACUCACUGGACAGAUAAUAUGUAUUAUUGAAAUUGCAUACAUUUUCCUCCACUAAGCUGUGCUCAUUGUAAUGAUUUACUUCUUGGAUGAGUCUUAAAUUGUGUAGCUGUCUAGUGCAACAUAUGGUGGUAUAGCUCUGCUUCUGUCCAAAGUAAGGUGCAGACAGGCACUACACUGUUUUACAAUAUAGUGCACUGAAAAUAUAUGCAAUAACACAACUGAACAGAGGCUAGGUGUGAGUUAAGUGGCCACAGAGCAGCUGGGUGUUUAAACACGGAAAAAGGGUACAUACCUUUCAUAAUGUCAUGACCACACUGACAAUAUAAACAGCAAGAAACUCAAAGAUUUUAUUGCAAACAUUAAGAGUUCUGUCAUUUGCAAACUACUUCUCUUACAGAAAAUACAUUUUUCAUUGGGAGAAAUGUGUGAAAUAUUGCCUUCUUUCAAAACGGAAAUAGUUGACUAGUUUUCUUACGCAUACAUUUGAGAUGUUUUUAUUUUAUUGAUCACUUGUAGCUUCGACAUAGUAGUACUUUCAGCUUGUUAUCCAGCCCACUAAAUUUUGCUAUCACAUGCUAUUUGUUUUAAUGUAAUAUCUAUUUCAUACGUUCUGCUUUCUAUUCUGAUUUUACUGUUUGUUUAUUAAGCAUAUUCAUAAUACAUAAUCAUUUAUAAAAUUGAGUCAUAUUUGAAUAAGUUUUUUUAGUUGCUCACAGAUAUCUGUUAUUCACACUAUUCAGAAAAUUCAGUUUGCCACAGUGCGAGAACAAUUUGUCAAUGGUUGCCAUCCAGUGAUAUGAUAUAAGCCUCAUGCUGCUUUCACAGAUGAAUGUGAGACACUUACCACUGCAUUUGUCUAUUACUGAAAAGAAUUGAAGCAUGUUUUUGCAUUGUGGCCACUGCUACAAACAGAGUUGUUAGCCAUACAUGUUUCCCUUCAUUCCAACACCUAAUAAACACACUAUGACCUCGUAUGUUCCUCUUCAUUUUCCCAUCUCUUCUUGAAAUCACAUCUGAAAAGAUAAGUGAAAUCUAGGUCUUCUUGACAAGCCUUUUUGCUGCUGUUACAGUAAUUUAACAUUGCUUAAUGAGUGUGUGUACUUUCUCUGUUAACCAUGCCAAAAUGUAUAAAGAUGGUUAGGUAGGAAACCAAUAUAAUUACUACUUGUUAAUUAACUUGUGCAGUAACUAUUCAGUUUUUUAUGAGCCUAGUCUUUAAAGGAAAACAAAAUAAAGUUUUCACUUAUUCUGAUAUCUUAUGGUCUUAACAAACAAACAAAAAUCUGUUUUGUUGGACACAUGAUAGGUGUAAUGUUUCACGUACUAUUCACUCAUUUUCAGCCAGACCAGUUUUACUGUUGAAUGCAUAAAAAUGCAACAUAAAAUAUGACUGACAGAAAGCAUCAUUACACAGUUUAAUGUUGGUAUAGUGACAGAGUAUAUAUACUGAAAUAUUUUGUAAUUGUUUUUUAGCACACAAGAGUGACUGGUAAAGUUUUUGCAGUUUUAUCGCUAAUCCUGAAACUAAAAUUACAAUCAAGAGAACCUCUUAUCUUUGACAAGGAUUAAAGGGAGAAAGUCAGUGUUGACAGUUGUCUUUAUACCUCUUUUAGUAACAAAAAAAAUUAAGUAGAUACAAAGUACGUGUUCUGCAAUCAACAGCACAGGUCCUUGUUCUGCUGCUGAAGCCUGUAUCUCACAGUAAACAUCUAGUUGAAUUUCUUGUAAAAUUUUACAAAGUCGCGAUAUAGAGAGAAAAUUUAUUGAACAGAUUAAAUCACUCAUGGUUGUAACCAAUAUUUCUAUGACAAUUAUUAAAACAGACCAUGGUGACAUAAAGCAAUAUACAGAACUAUAAUCUGGUGUACAUGUGAACAGAUACUGAUUGUACCAGUUUCUCUUGAUCUGCUUUCCUUUCAUAAUGGAUUAUAUUUUGUUCAUGGCUAUUCUUCUUGCUGCAGGUUUAACUCUUUGGGUACCAGCUAAUUAUACUUCAUUGCAAGAUUGUGAUAAUGUCUCUUAAAUCCCACUUUUUAUUAAAAAGUUAUUCUUGUUCAGUUUCUGAUAUCUGUAUCAAUAUGCACUCAGCAAUGUUUUCCUUUCGUUUCUGUGUGUUGAAGAAAUGUGUAUGAAAUAUAGUAGUGUAAAUAUGUAAAAAAUAUGAGAUUCAGAAUAUUGCAAAACAAUGGCAGUUUUUCUGUGUUUGUAGGUUUGUACUUUGUUUCUGUGCAUUAUACUGUUUUAGUAUUUGUUUAGUCAGUUGUUAUUGCCUGAGGAGCAUUUUAUUAGAUAUUUACAGAAUAAAAUAAGUCGUCGUCUGAAUGCUGAGAUGCCACUCAGUAUAUAGUUUGUUCUUGUUUUUAUUGUUGUUGUUUGGUUGACAGCACAAGCAAUGUCAAAAAGGGAGUCAUACUAAAAGAAUGACAAGAAUUUCUUUGAUACAAAUGAAGAAAUAAAUAGAUUUUUAAAAA